AUGCUCACAAACUCGCUCAUAAUAGAAGUUGCCGUAAGGAUUCAGCUUGUCCUACUCCUGCGAAAUCUGACUCCCUCCUUCCUCUUUCUUUUACGUCUCCAUCUCACUCAAGCCACUUGACGCAUUUGCCUGCCCCUAAACUUGCAGCAGCAGCAGCAGCAGCAGCAGCAGCAGCAGCAGCAGCAGCAGCAGCAGCAGCAGCAGCAGCAGCAGCAGCAGCAGCAGCAGCAGCAGCAGCAGCAGCAGCAGCAGCAGCAGCCCCAUUUGUCGUUUCGUAUCGACCGGAUAGCCCAGCUGGAACACAUGAGAAUCUGUCUACAUCAGCUAGACCGAUAA